AUGGACAUCUGGCUGACAAGCUCGGAUCUCCAGACGACCGCACUUAAGAGCAUCCGAUCCCUCGCUCCUCUGCUCGACCGCGUUCUGGUCCAGCGGAUCAAGGCCGAGCCCAGAACGGCCGGUGGUAUCUUCCUCCCGGAGAGCAGCGUCAAGGACCUGAACGAAGCAAAGGUCCUGGCCGUGGGACCCGGUGGUUUCGACAAGGAGGGAAAGAGACUUGCGAUGAGUGUGAAGGAGGGCGACAAAGUUUUGAUUCCUCAGUAUGGCGGCAGCCCCGUUAAAGUUGGAGAUGAGGAAUACCACCUGUUCCGCGACCAUGAGCUUCUCGCAAAGAUCAACGAAUAG